CAGAAGUGGGUGGGAGAGCUGAUGAAACAGAAGUCUGUCUCAGGACACACAAAGUUUGCGUUGGUGGUUUGGAGAACUUUUCUGCUCACUACUACUCUGCAAUAAUUUUCCUUUUUUUCAACCUCUCUUUUUUUUUAUUGAACUCUGGGGUCCAUUAGGGCACAGCUUGAGUGUGGAAUGGCUGAACUGGUGCGAAUUCGUAAGAAACGGCUGCAGAUUCCCAUCUCUAGGCUGAGGAGCAUGCUGAAGCAGCUGGAGGAGAAAGAUGUCGACUUUGAAGAAAUCAAAAAGAACCUGGAUUUCACAGCAUCCUUACUGGAGGCAGUUUACCUCGAUGGAACAAGGCAGUGUCUGGAAUCUGAGGACGAUCUUCAGCAGCUGCAGUCGGACGGGGUGCCUUCAGAGGUCACCGACUGGCUGGCGUCCACCUUCACCCAGAGGGUUCGGCGGCCUGUGCGACGCUCGGACGAGAAACCCAAGUUCCGCAGCAUCGUCCACGCCGUGCAGGCGGGGAUAUUUGUGGAGAGGAUGUUCAAGAGGGCCUACACGGCAGCGAUGCCAGACCAACCUGCCGCGGUCGUAAACUGCCUCAGGGAUGUUGACCGCUGGAGCUUCGACGUGUUUGCUCUGAAUUCAGCCAGCUCCGACCACGCACUACAAACUCUUUUCUUUGAGCUGAUCACCAGAUAUGAGCUCAACAGCCGUUUUAAGAUCCCCAUCUCAUGCCUGACAGAGUUCCUGUCUGCACUGGAGAGAGGAUACUGCAAACACAACAACCCGUACCACAGCCACGUUCACGCUGCUGAUGUGACUCAGACGCUGCACUGCCUGCUGCUGCGCUCUGGACUCGUGCACUGGCUGACAGAGCUCGAGGUGAUGGCGUCACUAUUCGCUGCAGCCAUCCACGACUACGAACACACAGGAACCACAAACAACUUUCACAUCCACACAAAGUCAGAGUUUGCUCUGAUCUACAACGACCGGUCGGUGCAGGAGAGCCACCACCUGAGCGCGGCGUUUCGGCUGCUGCAGGACGACCAGAUGAACAUCUUCAUUAAUCUGUCACGAGAGGAAUGGAUGGAGCUGCGGUCACUGGUUAUAGAGAUGGUGCUGUCCACAGACAUGUCCUCCCACCUCCUCCAAGUCAAAGCGAUGAAAUCCUGCCUACAACAACAGGAGCGGAUUGACAAGCCCAAAGCCCUGUCUCUGUUACUGCACACGGCUGAUAUCAGCCAUCCAUCCAAGCCCUGGGCGCUGCACUCCCGCUGGACCAAAGCUCUGAUGGAGGAGUUUUUCAGGCAGGGUGAUAGAGAGGCGGAGCUCGGCCUGCCCUUCUCUCCUCUGUGUGAUCGAAAAAGCACCCUGGUCGCUGAGUCCCAGAUUGGUUUCAUAGACUUCAUUGUGUAUCCGACGUUCUCUCUGCUGACGGACAUGGCUGAGAAGAUUGUUAUUCCUUUGGUGGAGGAGAAUCCGGGUCCACCAGACCCCUGCAACAGACACAGUAAUCUGUGGAAGGAGAGCUCCAGAGGUUUGCAGUGGAGUCUCGCUCACAUCACAGCUGAGCUGGUGAGUUUCCGCUCCACGUGGACACGACACACCGAAGACAACAAGCUCAAAUGGAAGGAAAGUGGCUCCAACGGAUUUUCAGACCCCAGACUGACAACAGAACAGAGGUCCAGACAAGAGGAGCUGCAAAAGCCCACGACAGACACGAACCAAUAGACAGGACUUCAUUUGUGAUAUGUGCUUUUUUUUCAUAGAAUAUUUACAAAAGGUUAACUAAGGUUAAUGUCACUGUUUGUAACAAAACCACAACGCCUUCUUCUUAUACUAUGAUUGAGAGACGGAGGGGUGGGAGCGAGGGGUGGAGGAAGGUUAAGAUCAUCUUCCUAAGGUAAGAUGCAGCGUAAUCACAGAGAUGUCCUCAUGUGUUACUUCAGGUGUAGUAUACGAUGCUAAUUUAAAUGCAAAGUGUACAUGCUGGCCAUGUCAUGCAGCGUAGUCCAUGUCAUUAAUUUAAUUUGCCCCCUGAACACUUGUAAGGAACAUUUUACCUUUUAUAGUUUGAACUGUACACAAAUCAUUUAACCAUGAAAUAAACCUUGAAAAUAC